AUGCUGCGGACUAGAUUCGGUAUUCGGCGUAUUCGAUGGCCUGGAAUUCGACCACCGCACCGAUGGCUGGUUGUGAUGGACUCGUCAACCUUCCAGCACAUCUACGAGCAUCCAAGCGACAUCUCUUCAAUCUAUGGUGCUGAUCCGCUCGCCAAGAUUAGCGAGAAAAGGCACGGGAUGCUUCUGGAGUCCUUUACUCGCAGUGCACUGGAGGGCAUGCACCCCGAAUUGUGCUCGGAAGAUGCAGUCUCUUCGCUAACAUGUGGCGACGGCAGCAGCAGUCAGCGUGGUUCCGCAGGAUGGGAUUUCUCUCUGGGGGGCAAGCGUGUCGAGCUGAAGACGGCAAUGCUUUGUUUCGACUUCAGAAGACAGUGCUGGUCAACCACUUUUCAACAUGUUAAGUUGGGGCGAGGUGGACGCUGGCAAGAGCAACCCUUUGAUGAUCUCUAUCUUCUGAUAUAUACCCCAGAAGAAUUUUACCUUAUAAAACAUGACUUGGAAACAGGCGUCUCUACGGCAGGGAUCCGGACAAAAAGCGAAGGGCUCGUGAUACGUAUUGUGGGGCAAUCUGGACAGACCUGCUGGAAGGAGGCUACGGACACCAUUGUGAACAAACUGACCAAGCGGGGGGCAUGCGAAUUGGUUUGCAGGAUUGUGCAGACCCACCCGGCAGUCUCAGCAUUGUACAAUGAGUGGCGGCAACAAGCCUUGUCUUCACAUGACAGCGCGUACGAGGGCGUGCCGCUGAACAGUCUCAAAACCGGUAUUCGUGCAAAGCGAGUUCAGCAGAUAGCGCUUGAGUUUGACAAGAUGCAGAACCCAGGCGGCAUUUUUACGAGUGCAGAGGGCGAGCUGGCUUCGCAUGGCAGGAGGACGCGAGGGUCGCGCAAUGCUGCCGUAGACUGGAUCAGGAACGGGGUUAGGGUGGAGUUAAAGUAUGCCAAAGUGUGCUUUCGUCCCAGCCGGAAUGCAUGGUUUUGCGAGUUCUGCAACAUCAAGGAGGAGCCGCUGGAUGCUUCCAACAGAGUCUACUUCGACGAGCUCUGGCUUGCGAUGUACAGCCCAUGCAGCUUGGACAUCUUCAAGCACCCUGGGUAUCGCUCACAGCUCUCUUCUCGUGGAGGGCGCACUGUGGGGGAGGGCAAGAAUCUGAUGGUCAAAGGAGAGCAGCAUGAUACCUGCGUGGAGAGUGCUGUCCGAAGCAUGAAGGUCAAGCUUGAAGCAUCGCAGGCCGAGCCUCUUCUCACACUUCGCUGGACCACCUGA